AAGAGAUUAUCGUCAUCACCCCAACAUGAUCAAUGCUGAUGGUACCCAUAAAUACCAGAACGGGGAUCAACUCCUGCAGUCAGAGUCUGAAGCAUCUAUCAGCUGAUUUUCAAAAUGUCCAUGAAGAUCCUGUUUGUGGGGCUUUUCCUGCUCGCUGUGUGUCGAUGCAUUCAGUCCUCUGCAGCUCACUAUCCGACCGGGAAGAAUCGUCCCUGCUGUCUCGACGUCACCAGGAGGGACCUGAGCAGUAAAGUUGUUGGGACUUUUUAUUACGAGCAACCUGCCAGAUCUCCCUGUGUGAGGGCAGUGAUAUUCAACACAGUUAAUGGACCCAUAUGUGUUUAUCCCAAAAGUAACUGGGUCCAAAACGUGAUUUCCAGUUUUAAGAAGGAGUAAAGCUUCCCUGCCUGCUAAUAUUUUCCUGCUGCUAGUGAACCCACUCUUGAACAUGUAUAUACUCAGCUUAAUUUAAAAUAUAAAUCAUCUAAAGACCUUUUACCUUGAUGCUUACAGAUGAGCUACACUGUUGACAAUGAAUAAAUACAACUUUUUAUGCCCCACA